UGCCCAUUUUCGAAUGUAGUCGGACUGAUAAUUUUUUGUGUUUCCGUUUUUUGUAUUUUUGUGUAUAUAUUUUGGCUUUUUGUUUGGCAAAAGCCCUUCUCUCAGAUUUCAUCAGAGGAAAGGCAAGCAAGCGACUACAAUUUUGCGAUCAGUUUGUAAAUUUAUUACAGCAGAUCAUGUUUUGCGCGAUUUCCGGUGUAACGCCGGAAGAUCCUGUGGUUUCGAAGCGUUCAGGACUACUCUUUGAAAAAAGGCUUAUCGAAAAGCAUAUCGCGGAAUAUGGCGUAUGUCCUAUCACGGGAGAGUCACUGUCAACAGACGACUUGGUUCCAAUCAAGACAUCAAAGGCAGUAAAACCGAGACCAUUACAAGCUGCAAGCAUUCCUGGGAUGCUUGGUCUGUUUCAGAAUGAAUGGGAUGCAGUAAUGUUGUCAAACUAUUCUUUGGAGCAGCAGUUGCAUACAGCAAGACAAGAACUUAGCCAUGCAUUGUAUCAGCAUGAUGCUGCAUGCCGUGUCAUUGCAAGACUUAAGAAAGAGAGGGAUGAAGCGAGAUCGUUGCUAUUACAGGCAGAUAGACAAAUUCCAAUGGCUCCAUCUACUGUGCCUGCAAUUGGUGCUCCACCAGUAAGCAACGGAAAGCGAGCUGCUGAAGGAGAUGAUAACCUGGUCCCCCCUGCUAAGAAACAAAAGCAAGGCAUCACACCUGAAAUCAUCAAAGAACUCACGGAUUGCAAUGCUAUGCUUUCCAGCCAGCGUAAAAAGCGACAGAUUUCAUCAACUCUGGCUUCUGUUGAGACAUUGGAGAGGUAUACUCAGCUGUCCAGCCACCCACUUCAUAAAACUAACAAGCCAGGAAUCUUAUCAGCAGAUAUUCAUCCUUCAAAGGAUCUCAUAGUAACUGGUGGUGCUGAUGCUAAUGCUGUUGUAUUUGACCCCUCAGCAGGCCAGAUCCUUUCUACACUGUCUGGGCACAGCAAACGGGUUACCAGUGUAAGAUUUGUUCCACGCGAUGACCUCUUGCUUACAGCUUCAGCAGAUAAGACUGUUCGGAUAUGGCAAGGAAAUGAAGAUGGAAACUACAAUUGCCGGCAUAUUUUGAAAGACCAUUUAUCUGAGGUUCAUGCGGUCACUGUUCAUGCAACACAUAAUUACUUUGUGACAGCUUCGAUGGACAAAACCUGGUGCUUUUAUGAUCUUGCAACUGGUUCAUGCCUACAACAGGUUAGUGACGCUUCUUUAGAUGAUGGAUAUACAUCUGCUUCUUUCCAUCCCGAUGGUCUCAUCCUAGGAACUGGGACUGCAGAAUCACUAGUGAGAAUUUGGGAUGUGAAGACCCAGGCCAAUGUUGCAAAGUUUCCUGGGCAUACUGGUCCCGUGACUGAUAUAUCAUUUUCAGAAAAUGGGUAUUUCCUUGCGACAGCAGGAUAUGAUGGUGUAAAACUAUGGGAUUUGCGAAAGCUGAAAAAUUUUCGUUCCUUUGCUCCAUAUGAUUCAGAUACCCCAACAAAUUCAGUGCAAUUUGAUCAUAGUGGCAGCUACCUUGCAAUAGGGGGUUCAGACAUAAGGGUGUAUCAAGUUGCCAGUGUGAAGCAAGAUUGGAAUUCGAUUAAAACGUUUCCUGACUUGUCAGGCACAGGGAAAAUUAUGUCUGUUCGAUUUGGGCCUGAUGCAAGCUAUUUGGCUGUUGGAACGGGAGAUAGAAACCUUAGAAUAUUUGGUUCUCCAAAUGGAGCGAGUGAAACAUAGUGCCAAAAUAUUUGCCUUAAUGUGUUGCUCAGAAUUUUGAGGAAGCUACUCAAGAUUUGAGAUCUGAGAUCUACAGAAUGCAAAUCAUUUGUACAUCAGGCAAAACUUACCUACGACAAAUCUUUUGUGCUUGAAGCCCAAGGCAAAUCUCCCUGUCCAUUCCCAUCGAUUUUAAUCAGACUAAUUAUUAGAUGAGUCUUUCAAGCCGGCUUUUUGUGUGGCCACACAAUCGUUAGAUGCUGCAGAGUCAAAAUUAUAAAUUUUGGCAACAGUCUUUAGAUGCUGUAGAGUCAAAAUUAUAUAAAUUAUAAAUUUUGGCAACAAGUUUAUUCUUAUUAUGAGUUUUACUUAAUUCCGAACAUAUGCAUGCCUUGCAUAUGAACUGUCUCUUAUUUCGUGCUUGAAACAUCGACAAGUUCUCACCA